UAUGUUGUCAUCGAAAGGUUAUGUUCGUAGUCAACGUGCUCCAGAAAAACAUUGAUAUUGCCAAUCAUUUAGACGAUUUACUCGCAUAAAAAUAUAUUUUCUUCUAAAAAUUACUGAUUGUUAACUAGUUUAAUAUGUUCCUGAUCCGAAGAGCAAUUUUAUCGAGACAAAACUUGACUUUAAAGUUAAUUCAAGAUCAAAUAAACUCCAAAAAUUUUGAUGCAACUUCAUUCACUGGUGGUGUGAGAUUUUGUCAACAACAAAGAUUUUGCUCUUCAGAACUUAAACAACAAUCAAUUCCAGAAGAUAAAGAGGUUAAGAAACAUCCUCUGGGCACAACAAACGUAACAAAAAUGAAAUUGAUAUUCACGUGUAAAAAGUGUUCGACGAGAAAUAAUAAAAUAAUUUCAAAGUUGGGCUACGAAAAAGGUGUUGUUAUUGUACGUUGUGAUGGUUGUAGUAACAAUCAUUUAAUUGCUGACAAUUUGGGAUGGUUCGCCGAUAGAGAUGAAAAAACAAACAUCGAAUAUAUUCUCAGGAAAAAGGGUGAAACUGUUCGAAGAAUACCACACGAUUCUGACGGUUAUAUGGAAUUUGUCACCAAGGAGAUUCUCAAGGAAUUUCAAAAACAACAAAAAUCAGAUGAAUCCUUAUUGGAAAACGAACAAUUAGUGUCGGAAAAUAAUAGAAAACAACAGGAAUCAGAGUCAACUGAACAAAAAAAAGACUCUGACAAAAAAGAAGAUUUAAAAUAAAAUUUUUUUGAGAAUAGUAUAAAAAUUUAUUAUAAAAUUGUUUAAAUAACAUACAAAAUAAUCGCAGUGUAAAUUUUCUUGUAUAUAGAUACGUAAGUAAAAUAUUUGGAAAAUAUUUUUUUUUAUUGUCUACGCGAUGAAUUUCAAACCGAAACCAAUUAACAGAAAAAACUUCACUUUCAAUUUGUUUUUAAUUUUGAAAUUAUUUGAUGUAAAUUAAAAUUAAAUUAUUAAAUUAAUACAUAGAGCGGAAAACUUAAAUAACUAUUUUUAUAAUUCACUGUUUUUCAUUUUUGAUUUACUUUGCCCAUAUGAUUAAAACAAAAUCACUGGUUAUUUUAAUUAAAAAACUGAAAUAAAGAUUGAAAUAUUAAAAUGAUAAUUAUUACGAUCAGUAAUUCAUAUAUCAAAUAAAUAAUUUCUAAAUCUAUAAUAUUGAAUUCCGACAAUGUUAACUAGUUUUCAUUAAAUCAAAUAUAUGGCGACAUCAUUGGCAAAUGACAGAAUUCUAGAAAUGCAAUAAAAAUCUUGAGCGUUGUAUUUUUUUUUCUUAUAUUCUAUCGUAGUUGUGUUUAACUUUCGCAAAUAUUUUUUUAUAAACAAAGUUAAACGUCACUAA